AGAUCUGCUCCAUAUCAGGACUUCCUGAGGAGCUCCUCCUCAGCCGGAGCAAAGAGCAGAACACGCCGGCUAGCAGUGAAGGACGCCUCCGCCGAUCAGCACCGGUUCCCCUGCAGCUCAUGGACGGCUUUGAUAACCUCAGCGCUUCGGAGAAGGCGGAAGCCUCGGAGCUCCAGAAGAUGAUCGCGAUAGAGCAGCAGAAGGCCCAGUUCCAGGCUCAGGUGCAUAACUUCACCGACGUUUGCUGGGAUAAGUGCGUGGACAGCCCGGGCUCCAAGCUGGACUACCGGACAGAGACAUGUCUGCAGAACUGUGUGGAGAGGUUCAUCGACACCACCCUGAGCAUCACCAACCGCUUCACACAGAUGGUGCAGAAGGGCACCCACUGACCGUGGACCAGAGGAGGCAGUGGGAGCCUCCGGCUGCUGCAGGAGGCCUGGGAUGAAGCCUCCUGUUUCUGGGAUGAAGAACCACCGUCUGUGUUCUGAUGGGAGAUUUCUGCAGCCUGAAAAAGGCUCUGAAACCAGAGCUACUAAAACAUAUUAAAGUCUUUAAAUAUUGUGUAUUUUUUUCCUUUCCAAGGUGAGAGAGGGAGAUAUAAAGUAAAUAUCAGGAAAACGUAGCAGUUUAUUUGACAGUUGACUCUGACUGCAGCAGCAGAAACGGACACCUUUCAGUCAUCCAGGAAACCCUAAACAUCGAAUUAUUUCCUUCUAUAUUUAUAUACAAAUGUAGACAGAAAUAAUUGCUAAUUUUUAAAUAAAUGUAUUGUAAAUCAAAAUUCAAUCAUUUAAUGGUUUUAAUAUUCAAAUCUUGUGUUGGAUAAAUAAAAUUUGCAUCUGCUUA